UAAUCAUACAAGGCACGUAAAAAACGUUUUCCACGUGGGGUAGAUGUUGGUGUGAAUAAAAUUAAUUUAAACAUUUAAAAAUGGGGAAGGCAAGAGGAACAGCUAGAAGAAAGAGCAAAAAAUACAACUACAGUGUAAACAAGAAGAAAAAACACAGAAAGAUGAUCAACUCUAAAGGGCUUAAAAUAAGCUGCCAGCCAAUAAGAGAAGCUUGGAACUCCAAGAAGAGUGUAUAUAAAAACUUAGAGGAAAUGGGUUUGUCUGUGGAUCCCAAUGACACUAUGCAAGUUACAGUGAAACAGGGAAAAAUGAGCCCCGAGGAAAACAUUGGAAAGAAAAAAAUGACGAAAGGACAUGUUGUAAAAGAUCUAGAGAAAGAAGCAACUGCACCAAGGGCUAAAGGUUUAAGGUUACCUAAAGAUGUAGUUGUUUUUUGUACCUAUAUGCUUGAAAAAUAUGGCGAUGAUUACAAAGCUAUGGCUCGUGAUCCUAGAAACUAUUACCAGGAAACUCCAAAAACGAUUUUCCGAAGGAUCCAGCGGUUCAAAAAUAUUUCUCCACAAUGGAAUGGAUAUCUGCGAGCAAAAGAACUUAAAACAAAUGAGUAAAAUAGUGAUAUUAAUGCAACUUACUGGAAUUAGACUAUUUUCCACUUGUAUUAUAGAUUUUAUUUACAUUUCUUGGAAUAAAGAUGGCUGUGGUGUUA